GGCGCCCGCAGUCCGGAGGGGAGCGAGGUCAUUGCCGGAGCCGCUGGCGGGGCCCGGCUUCACAGCAGCAUGUGGCGCGUGUUCGCGCGGCGGCUCGCCCCGUGCGCGGCCCCGCGGCGAGUGCCCGGCGCGGCGGGCGCGAGCCCGGCCCGGGGGGCCCGCGCCCUGAGUGGAGGGAGCCUGGGGGCCGCGCAGCCCCCGCCGGGCCGGAGCGGCCCGGGCCCCCGGCCCGCGGGGCGGCUGCUGUUGCUGAGGGAGCCCUGGCCCCGCCUCGUCCCCCGGCGGUGGUGCAGCCUCCCGCCGCACCAGAAGGUGCCUUUGCCGGCUCUUUCCCCUACAAUGCAGAUGGGGACUAUCGCUCGGUGGGAGAAGAAGGAAGGGGAGAAGAUCAGCGAGGGAGAUCUGAUUGCAGAGGUGGAAACAGACAAAGCGACUGUGGGGUUUGAGAGUCUGGAAGAAUGUUACUUGGCCAAGAUCCUGGUGGCAGAAGGGACGAGGGAUGUUCCCAUUGGGUCUGUAAUAUGUAUCACAGUUGAAAAGCCUGAGUUUAUUGAUGCCUUUAAGAAUUUUACCUUGGAUUCUGCAGCAUCUGCUGCUCCAGCAGCCUCAGUGCCUCCCCCUUCAGCGGCAGCUCCCCCACCACCAGCUCAGCCCUCUGUGCAGGCUCCAGGCAGCUCCUACCCUCCUCACAUGCAGGUUCUUCUCCCUGCUCUCUCGCCUACGAUGACAAUGGGCACGGUUCAGAGGUGGGAGAAGAAGGUUGGUGAGAAACUCAGUGAAGGAGACUUACUGGCAGAAAUUGAAACGGACAAAGCCACGAUAGGCUUUGAAGUGCAGGAAGAAGGUUACCUGGCAAAAAUUAUGGUGUCUGAAGGAACAAGGGAUGUGCCAUUAGGAACCCCACUCUGUAUCAUUGUGGAGAAGGAGUCUGAUAUUCCAGCAUUUGCUGACUACAGGGAGACCGGAGUAGCUGACAUCAAACCACAAGCACCACUACCCAGUCCUCCCCCUCCGGCAGCAGUUCCUCCUCCCCAGCCCACUGCCCCUUCAGCUCCAGCAGUCACAUCACCUGGGGCUCCCCCACAUAAAGGAAGGGUAAUAAUUAGCCCCCUGGCGAAGAAAUUGGCAGCAGAAAGAGGAAUUGACAUUGUGCAGGUGAAAGGUACUGGACCAGAUGGCAGAAUCACGAAGAAAGAUAUUGAGUCAUUUGUGCCUCCAAAGGUUGUCCCUGCCCAGGCAGCUCCUGUUGCACCUGCAGCUCCAACAGCAGCACCACCUCCUUCAGGCGUCUUCACAGAUAUCCCCAUCAGUAAUGUUCGGAGGGUCAUUGCUCAGCGUUUGAUGCAGUCUAAACAAACAAUACCUCACUACUAUCUAUCUAUUGAUAUAAAUGUGGGAGAAAUACUGGAGCUCAGGAAAGAACUUAAUAAGGAGGUGUCAGAGAACGUUAAACUUUCUGUCAAUGAUUUCAUCAUUAAAGCUUCAGCUCUGGCAUGUGUGAAGGUGCCUGAAGCCAAUUCCUCAUGGUUGGACACUGUUAUCAGGCAAAAUCAUGUAGUGGAUGUUAGCAUUGCAGUGAGUACUCCUGCGGGGCUUAUAACUCCCAUCGUGUUCAAUGCGCACAUAAAGGGACUGGCUUCCAUUAGUAAAGAUGUUGCCUCUUUGGCAGCCAAAGCACGGGAAGGUAAACUUCAGCCCCACGAAUUCCAGGGAGGCACUUUUACGGUUUCCAAUUUAGGAAUGUAUGGGAUUAAGAAUUUCUCUGCCAUAAUCAAUCCACCUCAGGCAUGUAUUCUGGCAGUUGGUACUUCAGAGAACAGGCUGGUGCCAGCAAAUAAUGAGAAGGGGUUUGAUGUGGCCAGCAUGAUGUCAGUUACUCUUAGUUGUGACCACCGAGUUGUGGAUGGAGCAGUUGGAGCCCAGUGGCUUGCUGAGUUCAAAAAGUUCCUUGAAAGGCCAACAACCAUGCUGCUAUAAUCGAACCAAAGAACGAAGACUUUCCUAGGUCACAUUGUUCUGUUCUAAUCAAGCUAUUUAUAUUUCAGUGAUUAGACUCUAUUAAACAAAUUUUCCUUUUUUAUUUUAAAUAUGUAUAUUAACUGGUAAUUUUUACCAGUCUGUACAGAUAAAUAGUUUGCAGAAGGCUUUACAGAGCAAUAUACAGUUAUACUGUAUUUUAUACAGUUAAUGAAUUUGCCAAUGUUUCUCAAAAAAAAAAAGUCAGGUGUUUUGGAUUUAAAAUCAUGUGAGCACUCCUGAAUUGGGGGGGGAGGGGGAGCAUACACAGAUAUAUAAUCUCUUGUGUUCUCAGAAAUAAGAGAACCAGAUUGUAAACAUCUGUGCAAAAGAAUUUGUAAGGCUGUUUUUUGUUUUUUUUUUUUUUGUUUUUUAAAAGGUGAACCCUAAGUGGUCUGUUCUCCUGCUAGUAUUAGUGAGAGUGACAGGCACACAUUGAGAGGAGGAAUAUUUUUUCAUAGGACAAAGGGUUCACAUUCCACUUCCUCUUUGAAAUUCAACACUAGCUUAGAUUUUCACAGCUAAGUGAUCUCUUUUAGAGGACUUUAAAAAAAAAA